AUGAAGCUCCUCGCGUCGCUUGCCUCGGCGCUCUUGGUCGCCGCAACGGCCGCAACGGCUCAGGUCGUCACCGUCCCAAUCUAUAUCCAGCCCGUCAACUCCUCCUCUGCGCCAUCCUUCCUCGCCGAAGUCAGCUACGACACCGCACAAGACCCAAGCAGCGCGGUAACACCGGUGGUGUCUGCCUACGAAGCGCCCGAGAUCCUCGACGACUUGGAGGGCCACGAGCUCCUACGCAUCGGCGUGUACGAUAAGGCGGAAAAGAAGUGGGCGUCCUCUACAUCAGUCAUAUCGGCGGAAAACUUUGGCAAGGGGUACGCGCCACACUUUGUGCUGUCGGUGGACGAGAGCAAUCAGAAGGGGAGCUAUGACAACCAGCACGUCCUGGGCGUCGCCUUCAAAGGCAUCAGGAUCGAUGCCGGACAGACAAGGGACUUUGGACCGCAGGCGGUGCUGGUGCGCACAACGCAGGGCAAGCAGCCAGAGCUGAACAAGCCGGUUGUGCUGUCGCCGGAGGGCAAGCAGGUGGUGCCGCAGGAGAAGACGCUUUUACAGAAGUACUGGUGGGUUAUUGCCAUUGUUAUGGUCCUCUCCCUGGGAGGCGGAGGCGAUGGGAAGUAA